CCACUUUUCAUCUUUCCCUCUUUGAACUUUGUAGCUGCACUAACUUUGAACUGUUUAUCCAAACGGAUAGUAUCAUUCCCAUUUCUGUUUUCUACCGCCCACCUGUUACUGGUGAAUUUUAUAUCUUCGAUCUCUUUAGCACCGAUUCCUGAAUUUUACGAGAUAAACAGUUCAUAUAUUCUGUUUGAUUAUUAGCUCAACUGGUAAAAAACUGGACUUUUUCAAGAAGCAUGCAAACAUUCACCCACAAACGCACUUAUCAAAUCUUGUUAUCGGCUCGUUCUAGUGUGAUUUGCUAAUACCACCGUGAAUAUUUGCAUUGUUUAUCACCAUUUCUACGUGUUACAAUUAAUCUAUCAAAUUUUGUUUCACUUUACAAACCAGAUUUGUCUUAUUGGAAAGUAAGCUAUUGAGGCAGUUUCGGUUAAAGCAGAAAAAGGGAAUGAACAAAUAAAUGUUAACGGAACCUUUGCACCAAUUUAGAUACAGAAUUGGAAUUGUUCAUUAGGGUUACGUAUUCGCUCUUCGUUCUCAUCCCAAGGGAAAUAUGUUCUUGUGAUUUGAGGCGUUAAUCUGCCGACCCUUUCAAUUAUUCAAAUCUUGCAUUCAUUCUUACACGCAUGUAUUCUCCACUCAUCUUCCACUCAUUCAUCCAUCACUUUAUGUACCUAAUGGAAAAUAAUUGUCUACCGGUCUUUCAUAAAGAGUUUGAUGCCGUAUAAACAAUACUGUAUACAGAUCGAUUCUAAGUUGCUACUCCGGGUUUUACGCCUAAUGCAACUGUUAAAGCUACUCUCUUGCUUUGGGUGUGUAAUUGUAUUUUGUUGUUCCUGGAUGAAUUGGUAAUUUCAAUACUCGUUGGUGUUAAUAAAGGGGAAAUCGUGUAUUUAACUCUGGUGAUCAGGCAUUUAGAAAUAGGCUCAGAUAUUUUAUUUAGGAUGGAUUUUUUACUAGAAUCAAUGAUGGCAAGUCUUUCUUCUAAGCAAAGUUGACAUCCUUAAGAUUUGUUCGAAUAGGCCUCUGUCCAUUUUCUUAUUGACUUUUUGGUAGAAAAGUCAUCUUGUUUUCUCUUAAACUCUCUUCUUGUGUACAUAAGUGUAUGAAAUAUAUCUUUAUUCUAAUUCUGGUGGCGUCGUUCUAAAAUAAGACUAAUUUCAUAACAAACAGCCUGCUUCAUGUUUCAAAGACAUGGUGUUUAUUAAGAUAACAAAUAAGUUCUCAAAAAAGGUUGUAAAUGCAGGACUUUUCUACCUUGGUCAAAGAAUAUCUCUUUGUUUGGUUUUUCUAUUUAUCGCCUUAGAUUUUUUCACUCAGUUUAUCUGAAUUAUUUGCAGCUACUAACUAUUUAAAACUGCGAAACUAAAAAAGUAAAACAUGAUAAAUUAAGUGAUUCAAAGGCUUCCAGAGUCACGAAUUCAAAACCCUCACAUGGUGUUUCAACAAUGCUUGCUGUGUUUAUUUAACGCACCAGGCUCUUAUCUCACGAUUCACUUUAAAAAUAUCCAUUAGCAUUGUUUCAGCUCUUUAAUCAAAGAUGCAUCUGGAUGCACUGUUCGUUCAGAAAUACUUCUUUGGCAGUACAAAACUAGUUUGCUAAAGAUCUAUAGGCUUUUGAAGGAAUCAUCUACAUAAAGCAAUUCUUGGUUUCAGUUAUAACAAUAAUACAUUCCUGAUGAGAGGUUGAAAUUUGGAAGGCAUCAGUGUGUAAGUCCGAAUUCUGUGUAUCAGACAUAAUUUCAAACGUUCUACCAUGAAAGAAUGAGAAAUUUCUUGGCAUUCUCAGUUGGUCUAGCAAUGCUUGUAUUAGUUGCAAGUUCUUUGUUCAAGCUAAUAAAACUGCUUGCCUCAUGUGCAGCAACGUGUAGACUACUUUCCUGUGUUUGAACAGUGACCUGUCAUCGAUAUCCACGCGAAGAUGAAGAUUUGACAUCAAAGCUCUGGAAGGUUGGACAAAUUUUGGUGACACAAGUUGGGAUGAAAGUAUAAAAAAUUGCGCUGGCUCUGAAUGUACUUUUUUGUUUUAAGAGCUGAACCCAGGAUUUAUGCUUGGUUUGACUUUGAUAUACAGAAAGCUUCUCCGUUGAAAUAUCUUAUACGAACAGCAAAUUACAAUUACUUUGCUAGGUUCCAUCAAAAUUACGAAUUUCUAACUUUUAGACCAGCAGUUAUCACGCCCACUAGUUCCGCAUUAGCAUCGCAAAACGUCAUAUAAUCUUUCGGAGAUAUCUUUUAGAGAUGGAUUCAACCCCGAAUUUGCUGACGUAUUCAGGAUUGUGUACAUUUACCGCAUUUACCUGCCUUAUUGCUGCUGUUGCAAUUCUCGCCAAUGCCUCUGUCUUGUACGCCUUUUUCAGCAACGAUCGUUUAAAGAGGAACCUGAGCAAUUACUUUGCCGUCAAUCUUGCCAUUAGUGAUAUAUUGGUGAGCAUCGGCCCUUUUUCAUUAUGGCUCUUAAACCUUUGGCACAUUCGCAGCCGUACAUUUUCUCGGACCCACGAAGGCAUCAUUCCAGCUAGCAGCAUCAAGAUGUAUGCAAAAAGUUGGCAAUUUCUUGAUGCUCUAUUGACUAACGCGGCUGUUUGCAAUUUGGCUUUCCUGUCUUUAGAAAGAUACUUUGCUAUAACUAGUCCAUUCAUGCAUCGUGUCAAACUUUCACACAGAUUUAUGUUGACAGUCUGCGUGUUGUCUUGGGUAUACGCCUUAGUCUCCGUUGGUCCUUCUACUGCAUUUGAGCCAGGAGAAUCUUGGGUUAUUGCCUAUAAAGUCGUAGUUAUUUCACUUCCUUGCUCAGUGAUGUUGGUGGCAUAUGGGUUGCUCGUGGCACAUAUCCUGUUGAUGAAACGCAACAGAAACAAUGCUAUUGUCGCAGCUGGGAAUGCCGAUGAUUUGCCGCAUCAAAACAUAUUUCUAAGCCAUGGCAGAGAGAUUAAAGUAACUUUUCGUCUGUCUCUGCUUACCCUAGCCUUCGUUCUCUGUUGGUUGCCAUACAUAUCGUGGAUCCUUUGGUAUUCAACAUCUGACAAUGUCCAGGUCAUUGAAAGAAAAUCUUACUUUUAUGACGUUUCAAUUUUACUCAAGUAUUUGUCCUACUUAAACUCGCUGUUGAAUCCAUUUUUGUACGUCUUUGGGAGACCGGCAUUUUCAACUUUCCUAAAGAACACAUUUUGCAAGAGCAGACUCGGCAGAUCAAUGGGGUUGAAAAGAUCCAUUUUAGCUUCGCCUCUUUUUGUUAUUGGAAGUGACGUCACCUUGAAGACUAUACAUGAAAGAAUUGGUGAUCCGAAAGAUGCGGAAACUUCAUAUCACUAACUUUCUUUUUUCCUUGUAGGAAAAUUAGAUAAAGGUUGUUAAUUCAGCUAAAAUAUCGAUAUUAUCGUAAUCAUAAAAAAGUAUUUAAAGUUUAAAUAACUUUGACUUAUGUAUGUAUAAGCUCAAACCGAGACAGUAUUUCUCAUACAUAACGUAAUUAUAUUGUGGUAAUGAUGAUGGGAAAGAAAAUUUUGCUUAUCGGUUAUGUUGUAUAAAGAAAAAAGGAACCUGGAAUGAGCCUUGAGGAACUCUCUAAAAAGGCAGAUGGCUAAGAUCCUUUUCGUUCUGAUUUGUACCUGGAAUAUAAUACUAUGUUUACUAAUUAUCUAUGAGUUUAUUGAUGUUUAUGAAUACUGUAUUUUUAGUGCAAUGGUGAUAGAAAUGAAAAUGUUGUUUUUGUGUUAUUAAUAAAAGAAAGGAACCUGAAGCGAGCCUUGAGGAACUUUCAAAUAAGGCAAACGGCUUAUGUUCUUUUCAUAAUUUGAUCAUUGAUAUUCCAGUAUUAAGAAAGUGUUUAAUGUUUUUGUGUAGUUGGAUGGUAAUGAUGGUAAGAAAGAAAUUAUUGCUUAUGUCUUGCAUAUAGAAGAAAGGAGCCUGGGUUAACUUUGAGAAACCGUCCCAGUGAAAUCAAGUAUAGACUCUGUUUAUCGUACUUAUUGCAAGAACUGGCUUUACAAUAUGCCUACUGAUUAUUUUCAGAAUAUACCAAUUGUGGACAUAACCCUGUAAAUUCUUCUACUAAUUAAUAUUGAACUGAUAAGAUUAUCUAAAGAACUGUCUUCUUGUAUUCAUUUUCAGUAUCUCUAUUAGGACCAUGCAUCUUUGUAAUGAAUUGCAGAAUAACAAAUAUGACUAGCUUUAUGAAUAGUCUACUUCAACCAGUAUUGGCUUUUCUCAGCAAUGUGUCUUAAGUUUUUGUCAUGAUUCUUAGCCUGAAAUUUGUAGUAAAAUGGAAAGUCUGGACAACUUACAUCAUGACCCCUCGUUAUGUUAUUAGCAAAUGCAUUUUAAAAUCCUUCUUGCUAUGUUAUUGUAUGAAAUAUAUCUUACACCAAAUUUAAUUCUUUUCAAUUUCAAAAUUAACUUUGUUUUCUGUCAAUCUCGCUUUUGUGUCUAGACCCCCGCACAUGAUUUUUGGAAACUUAGACCUCAAAUCUCCUGAAAAAGCGGCGAGAGGCCUUGCGCUCACAUUAGGUGUCUUGGUUCCGUGUUAGUUUGAAAAUGGUUUUAUUCUUCUUUGGUUUUGCUAAAAAGCGAAACUCUUUGGUUCCGUUCCUAAAUCGUGCUUCUUUUCUCUAGAGUAAACGGUCAGGAACGGACUUUUUUGAUUGCGAUGGAUAAUGCAGCUUAAUC